CGCUCAUAUUCUUCAGUUUGAUAAGAUUGUUCCGUCUUGAAGCUUCUAUGACCACAGUUUCGCAGGAUUUCAAGUCAUCAAGAGAAGCUGGGGAGAACUGCAGGCUUUUUUUCCACCAUGAAAGCUGGUUACAAGAACUCAGCAAAAAGUUUAUUAGAACUUGGAAGGAUCUUCACUCUGUCACUUCAGCCUCAAGGUGGCUGGAGUCACCCUUUAUUGUUAAAGCAAUGGUUAAUUACCCAACUCAAGCAAAUUCCAUGGCUCCACUGCCUGUUUAUCCAGUGGAGGAGGUAAUACAUGUUAGAGUGUGCUUUCUUUCUUGUACUGGUUUACUCACCACGAGACAUCAUAUUUCAUCAGAAUGCAAGAUCAUUGACGUCGGGUUUCCUCUAGAAGCCAGCAAACUUGAUCGUGCGUUUGCAGCUGCAAACUUAUUCUACAGCUAUUCAGAUUCAGAGAAUUGCUUCGAUAUUGAAAACCAAACUGAUCCUCAUGGACUCAAUGGUUGGGAUUGGCAGAACAUGUUUCCACCAUUUGAAAAUGAUGAGAAAGGAGACCAAGAAUACUGUCUCAGGUUAUAUGGUGUCAAGCCUAGACCCCACUGGACUACCACCGAAUUUGGCGGACAGCAACAUUAUAUUUCUCUAUCUUACCAUACGGAUCUCAGGGCUGCUACAAAAGACGACCCUGAGUGGCUGAAAGAACAAAGGAGGCAAGAAGUUGCUGAGAUAGAGAAAUGGAUCAGUGAGUAUUACAAUGAUCUGAGACAAGAAGAGCAAGCCAAGUAAAAGGACCAAAAUACAUUAUUAGAAACAUUGUCUGUGAUGAGAUCGUCCAAGAGUACAAAAUAAUCGAAUUUUCUUUUU